AAUAACACUUGGGUCGUUCACUUGGAGCCCAAAAGCUCAGGACGACAUGGAGAGCGAAAAGUACUUGCCGGAGCUUAUGGCAGAGAAGGACACGCUGGAUCCGUCUUUUCAGCACUCCCUGCGGCUACUGGAUCAAGAGAUCGAAAAAAUUCAGAAAGAUGAGGGGAAGGAAGAGGAGAAGUUCAUUGACGUCGUCAUCAACAAGAACAUGAAACUGGGCCAGAAAGUUUUAAUACCAGUCAAGCAGUUUCCUAAAUUUAACUUUGUCGGCAAACUCCUCGGGCCACGCGGGAACUCGUUAAAGAGACUACAGGAGGACACUCUCACAAAGAUGUCAAUUCUUGGAAAAGGAUCCAUGAGAGACAAAGAGAAGGAGGAAGAGCUACGGCAGAGCGGCGAGGCCAAAUACCACCACCUGAACGAAGACCUGCACGUCCUCAUCGAGGUGUUCGCCCCGCCAGCAGAGGCCUACGCCAGGAUGGGUCACGCUCUGGAGGAGAUCAAAAAGUUUCUCAUACCGGAUUACAAUGAUGAGAUCAGACAGGCCCAGCUGCAGGAGCUCACAUACCUGAACGGCGGAUCGGAGGAUGCCAAGGUGCCGUCGGUGAGGGGCAAGUCAGCCGCCCGUGGAAGAGGGACACCUGUUCCAGGGCCUCCCAGGAGUCGCGGUGGAGUUCCUCCCCUGCAUGCGGCGGUGCCUCGAGGAGCGGCACCCAGAGGAGCCCCACCCAGCCGGGCUCCGUCCUCCAGAGGGAGGGGGGUGCAGAGAGCCAGAGGUGCCCCCCCAACCGCAGGCUACAGGCCAGCUCCUCCCAUAGUCCAGGACACAUACGGCGAAUAUGAAUACGACGACGGCUACGGAACGGCUUACGAUGACCAAGGAUAUGAAUCUUACGACAACAACUACACUAACCAAGGACAAAACUCAGACGACUACUAUGAAUACGGACACAGUGGGGAAUCCUAUGAUUCAUACGGUCAGGAAGAGUGGGCAAACAAUCGCGGCAAGGCUCCGUCAGCACGAACAACCAAGGGAGUGUACAGAGAUCAGCCAUACUCCAGAUAUUGAACUGUUUAUACAACCCGCACCUGAGUCCUCAUGGCUGUUUCAACCCAAGUAAUGGAUUUUUUAUGGACGCUCCCACCUUUUUAGAAUUGAAAACUAAACCGCAAAAAAAUAAUUCAAAUGAAAACGGUGAUAGUGAGAUAUUGAAAGAGAAUUUCCAAACGGAACCCCCUCCCCCCCCAGAUUAUAAAAACAUACUCCCACUGGGUAAAAAUGUGUAAAGCAAUUUAGGUAAUCUAUCCUUUUCCUCCAGAAGAAAUGGACGUUAAGAUUUAAGAAAGACUCCGUAGCACAUUAAGUUUCUCUCUCAACUAUGUGAUCGUGAGGACCGACGUUGUAUCAGAGCUUAUUCCACUUGGUAACGACUAGUGAGCCACUGUACGCUGUUCGAUCUUUCUACACAGCUGCCAGUAGCGACUUAAUUUAACCCCCCCUCUAUUCUUUAAACCUUGAACUGCGUGGUUGAUCACUUUAAAAUGUAGUAGCUUAGUCCUAGGAAAGUGCAGUACUGUAGAUAUUUUUUCUGAGGGGGGUAAUUUGGUGAAAUUGUGUCCCUUGUAAAUGAAGCAUUUACAAACUGAAAAAAAAAGAAGAAGAAGAAAAGUCAUACUGUAUACAUAUUGUAUUGCUGUUUCCUCCUUUUUGUAAAAAUAAUAGUUCUUUAGUGUUAAAGGGCUUAUAAAAGCAUGGUGUGCAACUGUGGAUAUUGUCAGCUGUUUUAUUCUGAGAAGCCUGUGUAGUUGUGUUUAUUGAUUAUGCCCCCUAACAUCCACCUAAAUACACCUAUAAAUAGCUGUGCAUACUUUAUGUACACCGAACAACUAGAGCUGCGAACCGGUCCGGGAGCCUUUUAAUGUUUGUGACGUUUUUUUUUUUGUUUGUUUUUUUUUAGAUGCUCUAAAUAAGUAAAUGUUGAUGUCAUUUUUUGAUUUUUAAACACUUUUCUCACUUUGUAGGCCUAAUCAUGAGUUUUAAGAGACUAAAUCACAUGCUGGUGAAUUGGCGAUCAUUUCCAUCUAGAGAUUUGUUCAACUAUAUUGAUUUUGAGCUUAUGUAAGCCCUUUAAUAUUUUCUUCUUUGUUGAUGCUGAAUAAACAUUUUGAAAGAAAA